GGCGUCGCCGCAAGAGCGCGAGAGGCGCGGCGGGAGGAGCUGGCGGCGCGCGCCUCCCUGGGCCCGGACUCGGCCGCCUCCCACCGCCUCCCGCGCGGCCAUGGACUGAGCGCCGCCGGCCAGGCCGCGGGGAUGGGGCCGCCGCUCCCGCUGCUGCUGCUGCUACCGCUGCUGCUGCCGCCACGCGUCCUGCCUGCCGCCCCCUCGUCCGUCCCCCGCGGCCGGCAGCUCCCGGGGCGUCUGGGCUGCCUACUCGAGGAGGGCCUCUGCGGAGCGUCCGAGGCCUGUGUGAACGAUGGGGUAUUUGGAAGGUGCCAGAAGGUUCCGGCAAUGGACUUUUACCGCUACGAGGUGUCGCCCGUGGCCCUGCAGCGCCUGCGCGUGGCCUUGCAGAAGCUCUCCGGCACAGGUUUCACGUGGCAGGAUGACUAUACUCAGUAUGUGAUGGACCAGGAACUUGCAGACCUCCCCAAAACCUACCUGAGGCAUCCUGAAGCAUCCAGCCCAGCCAGGCCCUCAAAACACAGCGUUGGCAGCGAGAGGAGGUACAGCCGGGAGGGCGGUGCUGCCCUGGCCAAGGCCCUCCGACGCCACCUGCCCUUCCUGGAGGCCCUGUCUCAGGCCCCGGCCUCAGACGUGCUCGCCAGGACCCACACGGCACAGGACAGACCCCCUGCUGAGGGUGACGACCGCUUCUCUGAGAGCAUCCUGACCUAUGUGGCCCACACAUCUGCACUGACCUACCCUCCUGGGCCCCGGGCCCAGCUCCCUGAGGACCUCCUGCCGCGGACCCUCAGCCAGCUCCAGCCAGAUGAGCUCAGCCCUAAGGUGGACAGUGGUGUGGACAGACACCAUCUGAUGGCGGCCCUUGGUGCCUAUGCUGCCCGAAGGCCCCCAGCUCCCCCCGGGGAGGGCAGCCUGGAGCCACAGUACCUUCUGCGUGCACCCUCAAGAAUGCCUAGGCCCUUGCUGGCACCAGCCACUCCCCAGAAGUGGCCUUCACCUCUGGGAGACCCUGAAGACCCCUCCAGCACAGGCGAUGGAGCACGGAUUCACACCCUCCUGAAGGACCUGCAGAGGCAGCCGGCUGAGGCGAGGGGCCUGAGUGGGCUGGAGCUGGACGGCAUGGCCGAGCUGAUGGCUGGCCUGAUGCAAGGCGUGGACCAUGGAGUAGCUCGAGGCGGCCCUGGGAGAGCGGCCCUGGGAGAGUCCAGAGAACAGGCGGAUGGCCCCAAGGCCGCCCUCCAUGGAGACAGCUUUCCAGAUGACGGAGUGCAGGACGACGAUGAUAGACUUUACCAAGAGGUCCAUCGUCUGAGUGCCACACUCGGGGGCCUUCUGCAGGACCACGGGUCUCGACUCUCGCCUGGAGCCCUCCCCUUUGCAAAGCCCCUCAAAAUGGACAGGAAGAAAUCCGAGCACCCUGAGGCUUCCCUGUCUUCAGAAGAGGAGACUGCUGGAGUGGAGAACGUCAAGAGCCAGACGUAUUCCAAAGACCUGCUGGGGCAGCAGCCACAUUCGGAGCCCGGGGCCGUUGCAUUUGGGGGGCUCCAAAACCAGAUGCCUGGGCCCUCGAAGCAGGAGCAGAGCCUUCCAGCGGGUGCUCAGGAGGCCCUCGGUGACGGCCUGCAAUUGGAGGUCACGCCUUCCGAGGAAGAGGCGCGGGGCUACAUCGUGACAGACAGAGACCCCCUGCGCCCCGAGGAAGGAAGGCGGCUGGUGGAGGACGUCGCCCGCCUCCUGCAGAUGCCCAGCAGCGCGUUCACUGAUGUGGAGGUUCUCGGACCAGCAGUGACCUUCAAAGUGAGCGCCAAUGUCCAAAAUGUGACCACUGAGGAUGUGCAGAAGGCCACAGUUGACAACAAAGACAAACUGGAGGAAACCUCUGGACUGAAAAUUCUUCAAACCGGAGUCGGGUCGAAAAGCAAACUGAAGUUCCUGCCUCCUCAGGCGGAGCAAGAAGACUCCACCAAGUUCAUCGCGCUCACCCUGGUCUCCCUCGCCUGCAUCCUGGGCGUCCUCCUGGCCUCUGGCCUCAUCUACUGCCUCCGCCAUAGCUCUCAGCACAGGCUGAAGGAGAAGCUCUCGGGACUAGGGGGCGACCCGGGUGCAGAUGCCACUGCCGCCUACCAGGAGCUGUGCCGCCAGCGUAUGGCCACACGGCCACCAGACCGACCCGAGGGCCCGCACACGUCACGCAUCAGCAGCGUCUCUUCCCAGUUCAGCGACGGGCCGAUGCCCAGCCCCUCCGCGCGCAGCAGCGCCUCAUCCUGGUCCGAGGAGCCCGUGCAGUCAAACAUGGACAUCUCCACCGGCCACAUGAUCCUGUCCUACAUGGAGGACCACCUGAAGAACAAGAACCGGCUGGAGAAGGAGUGGGAAGCGCUGUGCGCCUACCAGGCAGAGCCCAACAGCUCGUUCGUGGCCCAGAGGGAGGAGAACGUGCCCAAGAACCGUUCCCUGGCCGUGCUGACCUAUGACCACUCCCGGGUCCUGCUGAAGGCAGAGAACAGCCACAGCCACUCGGACUACAUCAACGCCAGCCCCAUCAUGGAUCAUGACCCGAGGAACCCUGCGUACAUCGCCACCCAGGGACCGCUGCCCGCCACCGUGGCUGACUUUUGGCAGAUGGUGUGGGAGAGCGGCUGCGUGGUGAUCGUCAUGCUGACACCCCUCGCGGAGAACGGCGUCCGGCAGUGCUACCACUACUGGCCAGAUGAAGGCUCCAACCUCUACCACAUCUAUGAGGUGAACCUGGUCUCCGAGCACAUCUGGUGCGAGGACUUCCUGGUGAGGAGCUUCUAUCUGAAGAACCUGCAGACCAAUGAGACGCGCACCGUGACCCAGUUCCACUUCCUGAGUUGGUAUGACCGGGGAGUCCCUUCCUCCUCAAGGUCCCUCCUGGACUUCCGCAGAAAAGUAAACAAGUGCUACAGGGGCCGUUCUUGUCCAAUAAUUGUUCAUUGCAGUGACGGUGCAGGCCGGAGCGGCACCUACGUCCUGAUCGACAUGGUUCUCAACAAGAUGGCCAAAGGUGCUAAAGAGAUUGAUAUCGCAGCGACCCUGGAGCACUUGAGGGACCAGAGACCCGGCAUGGUCCAGACGAAGGAGCAGUUUGAGUUCGCGCUGACAGCUGUGGCUGAGGAGGUGAACGCCAUCCUCAAGGCCCUUCCCCAGUGAGCGGCAGCCUCGGGGGUCUCGGGGGAGCCCCCACCCCACGGAUGUUGUCAGGAAUCGUGAUCUGACUUCAAUUAUGUGUCUUCUAUUAUAACUGCAUAGUGAUAGGGCUCUUAGCUCUCCUGUAGUCAGCGCAGUUUAGCAGUUAAAAGUGUAUUUUUGUUUAAUCAAACAAUAAUAAAGACAGAUUUGUGGAAAAAUCCA